AUGAGACUCCCCAAAGUCCUCACUUUCUUGCUUUGGCACCUGGCUUGGCUGGACCUGGAAUUCAUCUGCACUGUGUUGGGUGCCCCUGACUUGGGCCAGAGACCCCAGGGGGCCAGGCCAGGAUUGGCCAAAGCAGAAGCCAAGGAGAGGCCCCCUCUGGCCCAGAACAUCUUCAGGCCGGGGGGUCACAGCUACGGUGGGGGGGCCACCAAUGCCAGGGCAAAGGGGGGCACCGGGCAGACAGGAGCCCUGACACAGCCCAAGAAGGAUGAAUCCAAAAAGCUGCCCCCCAGAUCGGGUGGCCCUGAACCCAAGCCAGGACACCCUCCCCAGACAAGGCAGGCUGCAACGCGGACUGUGACCCCAAAAGGACACCUUCCUGGGGGUAAGGCACCACCAAAGGCAGGAUCUGUCCCCAGCCCCUUCCUGCUGAAGAAGGCCAGGGAGCCUGGGUCCCCUCGAGAGCCCAAGGAGCCAUUCCGCCCGCCCCCCAUCACGCCCCACGAAUACAUGCUCUCGCUGUACAGGACGCUGUCCGAGGCUGACAGAAAGGGAGGCAACAGCAGCGUGAAGUUGGAGGCUGGCCUGGCCAACACCAUCACCAGCUUUAUUGACAAAGGGCAAGAUGACCGAGGUCCUGCGGUCAGGAAGCAGAGGUACGUGUUUGACAUUAGCGCCCUGGAGAAGGAUGGGCUACUAGGGGCCGAGCUGCGGAUCUUGCGGAAGAAGCCCUCGGACACAGCUAAGCCAGUGGCCCCCGGCAGUGGGCGAGCUGCCCAGCUGAAGCUGUCCAGCUGCCCCAGCGGCCGACAGCCGGCAGCCUUGCUGGAUGUGCGUUCCGUGCCAGGCCUGGAUGGAUCUGGCUGGGAGGUGUUCGACAUCUGGAAGCUCUUCCGAAACUUUAAGAACUCGGCCCAGCUGUGCCUGGAGCUGGAGGCCUGGGAACGGGGCCGGGCCGUGGACCUCCGUGGCCUGGGCUUUGACCGGGCUGCCCGGCAGGUCCAUGAGAAGGCCCUGUUCCUGGUGUUUGGCCGCACCAAGAAACGGGACCUGUUCUUUAAUGAGAUUAAGGCCCGCUCUGGCCAAGAUGAUAAGACCGUGUACGAGUACCUGUUCAGCCAGCGGCGAAAGAGGCGGGCCCCACUGGCCACGCGUCAGGGCAAGCGGCCCAGCAAGAACCCCAAGGCCCGCUGCAGUCGGAAGGCGCUGCAUGUCAACUUCAAGGACAUGGGCUGGGACGACUGGAUUAUCGCGCCCCUGGAGUACGAGGCCUUCCACUGUGAGGGGCUAUGCGAGUUCCCCCUGCGCUCCCACCUGGAACCCACGAACCAUGCAGUCAUCCAGACCCUGAUGAACUCCAUGGACCCCGAGUCCACGCCACCCACCUGCUGUGUGCCCACGCGGCUGAGUCCCAUCAGCAUCCUCUUCAUUGACUCCGCCAACAACGUGGUCUAUAAGCAGUACGAGGACAUGGUCGUGGAGUCUUGUGGCUGCAGGUAG